CUGCAAGAGCGAGGCGCAGCUUCGCAAUUACACCGCGGAACGGAGGAGAGGGGGGAAAAAAUGAUUAAUCUGUCAAAGGCGAAUUGGUGUUUGGGAUGAGACCGCUCUAACAUGCAGCCGACUGGAACGAAGCCUACAGGCGAACACAAUUAAUGCACAAGAAUUAGAGAUCAAGCUGAUGCACCGCCAUAGCAGGUGGUGCUUGUAUAAUCGUCCGGGGUCUUGUCACUCGUCUUUGCUGCCUGGUCUGUGCGUCGUUUCAGCACUGGACAGCGACCGGCUCCAUCGGACACUGAAAUCACUGAGGGAUUCCUGAGGCGGGUCGGUCCGACCCUCGCUUGGCUCGGGGCAAUGCGCGGCUAGAUGACUUCACUACAUCAACAAGCACCGCGGUAUCCUGGACUAAUAUAGCAGCGUCACACCCCAACCCCCUUCCUCUCUCUCCAUUUCCAUUCGCUGAUUCCGAGUCCACCCGUCUAAAGGCACCAUGGGAAACCGUGGCAUGGAGGAGCUGAUCCCGCUGGUCAACAAGCUGCAGGAUGCCUUCAGCUCCAUCGGUCAGGCUUGCAACCUGGACCUGCCGCAGAUCGCAGUGGUCGGCGGCCAGAGUGCAGGAAAGAGCUCAGUGCUGGAGAACUUUGUAGGCAGGGACUUUCUGCCUCGUGGAUCUGGUAUUGUCACCCGUAGGCCCCUGGUUCUGCAGCUUAUCAGUGCCACUGCAGAAUGGGCUGAAUUCCUCCAUUGCAAAGGGAAGAAGUUCACAGACUUCGAUGAGGUUCGCCAGGAGAUCGAGGGAGAGACGGACCGCGUCACGGGGGCCAACAAAGGCAUAUCUCCCGUCCCCAUCAACCUGCGGGUUUACUCCCCUCACGUGCUGAACCUGACUCUCAUCGACCUGCCGGGGAUCACCAAGGUGCCGGUUGGAGACCAGCCCGUGGACAUCGAGCAGCAGAUCAGGGACAUGAUCCUGCAGUUCAUCACCAAAGAGAGCUGCUUGAUCUUGGCCGUCACUCCGGCCAACACUGACCUGGCCAACUCUGACGCUCUUAAACUGGCGAAGGAUGUCGAUCCACAGGGUCUGAGGACUAUUGGAGUAAUCACCAAACUGGAUUUGAUGGACGAGGGCACAGAUGCUCGAGACAUACUGGAGAACAAGUUGCUGCCGCUGCGAAGAGGUUAUAUUGGAGUGGUGAAUCGCAGUCAGAAGGACAUCGAUGGGAGGAAAGAUAUCAAGGCAGCUCUGGAUGCGGAGAGGAAGUUCUUCUUGUCCCACGCAUCAUACAGGCACAUGGCUGAAAAAAUGGGCACCCCACGACUGCAAAGAGUACUCAACGAGCAAUUGACCAACCACAUCCGGGACACCCUGCCAGCUUUCCGCAGCAAGCUGCAGUCCCAGCUGUUGGCUCUGGACAAGGAGGCCGAGGAAUACCGGGGAUACCGACCUGAUGACCCGUCCCGCAAAACCAAGCAGCUGUUGCAGAUGGUGCAGCAGUUCUCUGUGGACUUUGAGAAAAGGAUUGAGGGUUCAGGGGAUCAGGUUGACACAGUUGAGCUGUCUGGUGGAGCCAAAAUCAACCGCAUCUUCCACGAGCGUUUCCCAUUUGAGCUGGUUAAGAUGGAGUGUGAUGAGAAGGAGAUGCGUCGCGAGAUCAGUUAUGCCAUCAAGAACAUCCACGGUAUCAGGACGGGACUUUUCACCCCAGACAUGGCGUUUGAGGCCAUUGUGAAGAAGCAGGUCAUAAAGCUGAAGGGGCCCUGCGUCAAGUGUGUGGACAUGGUCAUCCAGGAACUGAUUAACACCGUGCGCCAGUGCUCCAACAAGCUGGAAUGCUUCCCCAUGCUGCGCGAGGAAACUGAGAGAAUUGUGACUAGUCAUAUCCGAGACAGAGAGAGUCGGGCCAAAGACCAGGUUCUGCUGUUGAUAGACAUCCAGCUCUCUUACAUCAACACUAACCACGAAGACUUCAUUGGCUUUGCUAAUGCGCAGCAGAGGAGCAGUCAGACUAAUAAGAGCCAGAGUUCAGCAGGAAAUCAGGUCAUUCGCAAAGGCUGGCUGACCAUCAACAACAUCAGUAUCAUGAAGGGGGGAGCCAAAGAGUACUGGUUUGUGCUGACUGCCGAGAGCCUCUCCUGGUUCAAGGAUGACGAGGAGAAGGAGAAGAAGUACAUGCUCCCUCUGGACAACCUGAAAGUCCGCGAUGUGGAGAAGAGUUUCAUGUCCAGCAAGCACAUAUUCUGUAUUUUCAAUACAGAGUCAAGGAAUGUGUACAAGGACAAUCGCACCCUGGAGUUGGCCUGCGACUCUCAGGAUGAUGUGGACAGCUGGAAAUCUUCUCUUCUACGUGCCGGGGUCUAUCCCGAGAAAGUCAUGGCGGUUGAGAGUGAGACCACCACCGCCACAGAGAACUUCUCCAUGGACCCUCAGCUGGAGCGUAAAGUGGAAACCAUCCGUAACCUGGUGGACUCCUACAUGGCUAUUGUCAACAAGUGCAUCCGGGACCUCAUGCCCAAGACCAUAAUGCAUCUCAUGAUCAACAAUGUGAAGGACUUCAUCAAUGCAGAGCUGUUGGCCCAGCUGUACUCUGCAGGUGACCAGAAUGCCCUGAUGGACGAGUCCCAGGAGCAGGCCCAGAGGAGAGAUGAGGUGCUGCGGACCCACCAGGCCCUGACAGAGGCCCUGGCCAUCAUCGGUGAUAUCUCCACCUCCACCAUCACUGUCCCCAUGCCUCCGCCUGUUGACAACUCUUGGGUGGGAGGACCUGGUAGUCGCAGGUCUCCUCCAUCCAGCCCCACUGCCCCAAGGAGGAUGUCUUCAGGCCAGCGCCCGGCUCCCAGAGGGGCCCCGCCACCACCAAAUCGCCCAGGACCUCUGGGGCCCUUCAAUAACAUUGCUGACAGCCCUCAGGCUCCCAGUCGCCCUAACAGGGCCCCUCCUAGCAUCCCCAGCCGGCGGCCCCCGCCAUCUCCUACAAGACAAGCUCCACCAUAAACAUCUAAAUGGGCUUCUCAUCCACUUAUCUCCCUCCCUCAUCCACUCCAUCCCUCCUCUAUUAGCCAUGGCUCUGCCAUCCUGGUCUCUCCUUAGUGCAGACACUGAAGUCUUUGACCCCUCAACCCUCAAUUUCCUGCCAGGUGACGAUGCCCAUAUAUCUAUGUACAGUAUGGUACUUGUCUUGUGGUGUAUGUGUAUGUGCGGUUGUUGCUCGCCUGUGGUCCGAGUUUGCUUAGCAGAUCCACUACCCAGUAUCAGUCCCUGGAACCUCCCCCUCACAAACCCCUCACCAAGUCAGCCACUUGCUGCUUCUACAUGAGAAUAUGCUUAGCAGUCAUACUGCCCUACUCAUUCCAAAAUGCAGCAUGGCACAUAAGCUGCUUUUAUUGCAUGGGAGUGUGUGGAUGUAGAGUGUGUGUUUUGUGUGUAUGUAUACACAGGGGAGGGACUAAUUUGCCUAUAUGUAGGCUGGGUUUGAUUUAGUAUUGUGUUAAUUUAUUGUAUAAUGCCCCCUUAAGUGUUAAUUAUCAGCUGAAUGUUCUCUUAGGAACAGAAGUUGUAUCUUAGUUUGUGUGUGUGUGUGUGUGUGUGUGUGUGUGUGUGUGUGCGCGUGUGUGUGUGCGUGCUUGUGUGUGUGUGUGUGUGCGCACUUGUGUGUGUGUGUGUGUGUGUGUGUGUGUAUGUGUGUGUGUACGUGUUUGUGCGCGAGUAAUUCUGUGUACGUGUAUACAAGUGUGUGAGGAGGACAUGUGUGCAUGUGCUGUCCAUCUGCACGUUUGUUGCUGUUUCAGUUGUAUUUGUUUUCAUGGUCAAAGCUGUUAAUGAUGAAUCAUAAAAACCCUCGGGGGUAGAUUUAAUGUUGGACUUUCGUGAGUUAUCCCUGUGUUGUAGUAGCAGCCAUACACACAUAGCAAGGCUGAGGAGCACCUUCAGUAUUCUCCAUAUGGAAACAGCCUCUAUAAUGCAUUUAACCUCGUCAUAGGUGUCUAUCUACCUGUGCUGUAUCGAUGGUCAAGUUGUGACCCUUGCAGCCUUAAGCUCAGAUUCAGAUGCUGACCUGUGAAAAGGAAGAAAAAAAUAAACUUUCUUUUUUUUCUUUUCUUGAACGAACAAAGAACAUACAUUUACAUGUUUCCAUUUAGCCUUUUUCUCAGGUUUGAAACAUGCAACUCCAUGCCCAUCACAAACUAGCACUCUUUCUCAACUCUUCAAGCCUCUCUUAUUUCCUCUUCUCUCACAACCAUCGAAGCCAGCCAGUCAGCGUCUCCAUCAGAGCUUAAGGUGGUAUUGUCAAUGUUCAAGUGCUUCUCUGUCAGUUUGUUAUUGUGUAUGUGGGCCUAAACUGUGUUCUGAUGUAUAUAGGUAAUGAUAAGGAGAUACUGUACCUGUGGACUAUUAAGACCUCAUCACGGAUCCUAGCGCUUUAAUCGUUAUCUGUGUCUCUAUUCACUAAAUGCUCUCUUCUCUCUAAUUUAGACUGCCUUACUGGCAUGAAUUACAAUUCUUUAUUGCCAAAGCUAAAUGUAAAAAGAAAAUUGGAAGGUUGAAAAAAAAAGAAAAAUCUGCUGAAGACCAACAACAAAAUAGUUCCAGUUGUAGUGAGAUGGCAUUGUUUAGCAAAAGGGCGCAAUGUUCAACUGGGGAAUUGCAUCAGUUGUUAUUUUCUGUGUCUCUGUAUCUCUCCUCAAUAAACUUCUUCCUCAUAAUGUC